GUCAUGUUGUUUUGAAAUGGGCGCCGGGACAGGACAGUAGUUUUAGGAAGUUCCGUGUUAAAACAUCAUUUUGUUUACAUCAACAGUUUAAUCUAGUUAUAAUUGAAUAAAGGUUUGAGUUUAUAUGUAGAUGAUAUAAAUGUAGUGUUAGAGCGCUGUUAGAGUUUCAGAGCGCGGUAGAAGGCUGCAGCAGUCCGUUAACACUCAGGAUGGUCAGUGUGAUGGUCAGUGUGAGUGUGUGCGCUUUAAUCACAGCGCUCUUCAUCACCUCACUGUCCUCAGGACGGUCCACUCACGUACAGGUGUUAGUGAGAGCUGACCAACCGGUCAGAAACCUCAUACACUUCUGGAGGAGCACUGGCUUCUGCCCUCCUCAGCCACACACCAGUGCUCACCUGUAUGACCUGAGUAAAGAUGAGCAGCUGAACCUGGCUCUGCUGGGCUCGGUGCCCCAUGCCGGCCUGCAGCAGGUGAGGAUCCACUGGCUGCUGGAGCUGGUGACCACACGGAUUGUAAAUGGUGAAUAUCACUACAACUUCACACACCUGGAUGAUCUGAUGGAGCUGCUGUGGCAGAACGGCCUGCAGCCCGGCUUUGAGCUGAUGGGCAGCGUCCAAAACUCCUUCAGUGACUUUGAGAACAAGACUCAGGUGUCCGAGUGGCAGCGUCUGGUUUACCUCACAGCUCAGAGAUACAUCGAGAAGUACGGCUUGGACGUCGUGUCCCGGUGGAACUUUGAGACGUGGAACGAGCCGAACAAUCACGACUUCGACAACGUCACCAUGACGAUCCAGGGGUUCCUGAACUACUAUGACGCCUGUUUGGCCGGUCUGCGUAACGCCAGUGUGUCUCUGAGGCUCGGUGGUCCGGGGGACUCGUGUCACACUCCUCCUCACUCUCCAUACUGCUGGGCCUUACUGCAGCACUGCCACCACACACACACACACACUGACACACACCUCAACACACACACUGACACACACAGCCUCCACUACAUCGCCCUGCACAAGAAGGGUGGAGGUGGUACACUUCCAAUCCUACAGCAGUUGAUUGACACCAUGCAGGAGAUCCAGCGGCGGUUCCCUCUGUUCCGUUCAUUUCCUGUGUAUAAUGAUGAGGCCGAUCCGCUGGUCGGCUGGAACAAGCCUCUCGCCUGGCGCGCUGAUGUCACCUACGCUGCCAUGGUGAUCAAGGUGAUCUCUCAGCACCAGGACCUGCUCAUUUCUGACGUGAACAACACCAUCAACUUCACACUACUGAGCAACGACAACGCCUUCCUGAGUUACCAUCCACACCAGUUCACCCAGCGCACGCUAACCGCCCGCUUCCAGAUCAACAACACACACACACCUCACGUCCAGCUAAUCCGCAAACCCGUCCUGACCGCCAUGGGCCUGCUCGCCCUGCUAGGUGAGCAGCAGGUGAACGUUACCAUGGUGACACGCGACCCUUUGGAGGAGAGUUCAGUGGGUGUACUGGCCAGCGUACACACACCCCAACUCACACACACACACACACACACUGCUGACAGCUGGCAGAGUGCCGUGCUCCUGUACAACUGCAGAGACAACACCACGUCCAACACCACGGACACCAUCACACUGAACAUCACAGGAGCUCCCACACACGCCGAUGUGAUGUAUGUGAUGCGCUACAUGGACAAUGUGGUUAGUAACCCGUAUGAAGUGUGGAGGCAGAUGGGCAGUCCGGAUUACCCCACACUGCAACAGCUUACACAGCUCAGGGGGCAGGAGGACGCUCAGACAGACGGCCCCAUCCCGGUUCCUGCUCAGGGAGUUCUGUCUCUCAGAGUGAAGCUUCCUGUUCCCUCCAUACUGCUUGUCCACCUGUGUGCUUGGCCCACACACGCACCUGGACAGGUGAAGGGUUUGCGCUUCGUCUCCAUCACUAAAGGUCAAGUCCUCAUCGUGUGGAAGGACCGUGACGUCGGCACCAAGUCUGACCAUCAUGAGUGUGUGAAGACGUACGAGGUGGAGUUCUCCAGAGACGGAGUUACCUUUCAGAGGAUUAAUUUCAGAGACACGGUCUUCACCUCUCACACCUUCUCACCAGAGAGUCUGGAUGUGUGUGGAUUCUACAGAGUGAGAGCUGUGGACUUCUGGGGACGAGCAGGACAGUAUUCCCCUACUGAGAGAUACACAGAGUUCUGCUGACCAACCGGGACACACACACACACACACACACACACACACCCCCCCUGUCAGAAUCCCUUCACUGAAUUUAUAGAUCUUGAUUUUCCUUCAUGAUCUAAUGAUGUUAUGUAAAUAUGAUCAUUUUUAUAAUCUUAUUAAAUCUUCCCUCACUGA